AGUCUGAAAUGAAGCAGAUGCAGGAAAAAGCUAUGGGAUGCCAGGUGGAGUUCCUGACCCCAGGCCACCUGCACACCCACCCUCAGCCAGGGAGGAGGUGACAGGCUGCUCUACAAAGGCUUAGAAGUCUCUGUACUACUGCUUUCUGCAAAAAGUCUCAGAACUGGUAAAUAGCCCUCUGCAGCAGUCACCCCAGGACCCAGACUCACUGCCGGGAACCUGAGGCCCCCCUUGGUGUCUGUCAGCUGUCAGCAUUGACAAGGAAGGAGAACACAAUGAGGUAUGCUGAGCUGUGUGAAUCAAUGCAGCCAGCUGGAGUUGUCCAGCAGGGUGUGGCCUGGUGUUAGUGGAACUGCUCAGAAUUGCUCAGUUGGGUAGCUCACUCUGCUGAGCAGGGAGCUGUAUGAAAAGCAGGAACAGCUGGGCACAGUGUGGGGUGCUCUGUGCACAGUGGUUGCUGGGAUACUGUUUGGGGCUGCAGCACCUAUCUGGGAGCUCAGCAUAUGAAGACUGCUGUCCAGAGACCAAGUCUCACUCUGUUGCCCAGGCUGGAGUAUAAUGGCAUGAUCAUAGAUCACUACAACCUUGAACUCCCCAGCUCAAACCAACCUCCAGCCUCAGCCUCUGAAAAGUUCUGACCUCUGAUUAAGAGGAGUGGCACACAAGUUCUUACCUUCAGUCAAGCGGCCCCAGCCUGCAGUUGUACAAAUAAAACCAGCCUCAAAUUGUUCCCAUGGCUCUGGAAGACAUAUGGGCCCCACAAAAUGGCCUGAAGAAAAGAGCAAGAUGGACAGUUCUGGAAGACAGUCUCUGGGCCUCUCGUUUGUUCCUGUAGAAUCAAGAUACUGUUACAGCAGUGACCUUGAUCAUACCACCAAGAAGCAGAACAUCAAGGGGAGAAAGAUGGAGUCUCACUCUGUUGCCUAGGCUGGAACGCAAUAGUGCAAUUUCAGCUCACUGCAGCCUCUGCCUCCCAGGUUCAAGCAAUUCUCCUGCCUUAGCCUCCUGAGUACCUGAGACUACAGGUGUGUGCCACUACAUCCAGCUUCUUUUUGUAUUUUUAGUAGAGACAGGGUUUCACCAUGUUGGCCAGACUAGUUUCAAACUUCUGACUUCAAGUGAUCUGCCUGCCUCAGCCUCCCAAAGUGCUGGGAUUACAAAUGUGAGCCACUAUGCCCAACUCCCAUUUCAUUAGUUGUCUCUUUACUCUGUUGAUUUUUCCCUUUGCCAUGUUGAACUUUUUAGCUUUAUGUAAUUCCAUUUAUCUGUUUUUUCUUUUGUUGUUUGUGCUUUACAGGCCAUAUCCAAAAACUCAUUGCCUACAUCAAUGUCAUGGAACUUCUCUCCUAUGUUUUAAUCUAGUAGUUUUAGAGUUUUCGGUCAUAUAUGUAAGUCUUUAAUCCAUAUGAGGUAAUUUUUGUGUACAGUGUGAGAUGAGGGUCUCUUCCCAGAUUUGGGAAGUUUUCAGCCAUAAUUUCUUUCAGCAAACUUUCUGCCUCAUUCAUUCUCUCUCUCUCUCUCUCUCUCUUUCUCUCUCUCUCUCUCUGGAACUCCCCUAAUGCAAAGUGAGCUCUCUUAAUAGUGUUCCACAUAGCCCAUAAAGUUUCUUCAUUUUUUAAAUUAUUUUCCUUUUUUCUCCUCUGAUUCAAAUGACCUGUCUGAUUUUACUCAUUUUUUUCUUCUUGAUUGAGUCUGCUGUUGAAGAACUGUAUUGCAUUUUAAAAUUCAGUCAUUAUAUUUUUCCACUCAAAAUUUGUUUCUUUUAAUGUUUUCCUCUUUCUUUAAUUCUUUUUUAAAUUUUUUCCCUGAUUUUGUUAAAUUGUUUAUCUGCAUUCUUUUCUAGCCCCUGACAUUCAUUAGAACAAUUAUUUCAAAUUCUUUUUCAGUCAACUUGUGGAUCUCCUUUUCUUUGAGAAUAAUUACUGGAAGUUUAUUGUGUUCUUUUGGUGGCAUCAUGUUUUCCUGAUUCUGUGUGAUUCUUGUAACUUUGUGUAGGUGUCUAUGCAUUUGAAGAAGCAGUCAUCCCCUCCAAAAUUCAUGAACUGACUUUUUAGAGUAAAGACCUUCACCUGCAGUGGGUUAGACAUACUGGAAUGCGUGAGGUACCAAACAAAGGGGCAUAUGGUGACUGUGGGCCUCAGUGUGCGUGGCGUCCCAUUGACUCAGAUAGCUGGGGUUGGCAACCUCAGAAACUAUGUGGUCCUUGGCGAUGAGAGCUGAAGAAGGCCCAUGGUCACUGUGAGGUGCUUCUUCAAGUUGGCAAAGUUUCACUCUCUACCAAACAUGAAAAAGACAAAAGUGGUAGAAAAAGACCCAAAGGAGGAAUGUGAGAUUGCAGAAUACAAAACAGACUGGUUCAAGAUGGGAGAGGAGAGAAAACCCAGAAAACUACAUGAGGAGGGAUUUGAAGAACUAAAAACAGAGAACAGGAUGGCAAACUCAAGGCAAAAUCCAGGUAUAGGAAAAGGGUAAGACUUGGGGAAACCAAACAGAAAGGCUGACACAAUGUUGUGGGCAUCUUGUUCUCCAGAGGCUGCCAGGGUCCUUGGGAAGGAAGAGGGUAAUGUUAUGUAGACAUAUCUUUUGUCACUACUAUACUUAAAUAAUGAGGAAAGCAGACUUUACUAUCGACAUGUAUGAAAGGUAUCAAAAAAGUCAAAUGCUCCCAACCAAAAUCACUGAGAAGCAUUGUGCAAACUAUACAUAUCCUGAUAUCCUGGAGAUGGAAAAUCUCCUGGAGAUGAAAAAUAUAUUCUUUGAUGAAGCUCUCCUAGUGACUCUAAUAUGACCAUUUACAGGUCAAGUGUGAUUUAAUAUUACAGUAAAUAAGGGGAGGAAAUGAAAAAUGUAGAAUAUAAAAAUGAUGGUUUCUUUUUCCUAGGCUCUAAGCAACCACUGCUGAAGUUUUCAGAACUUGUUUUUGUGGUUGUUCAACAUUCAUAAGUGCAAUUAAGCAUUUAGAAAGCACUUAUUGCAUUCACAUUGCUAGGUGACAAGAUCCUUAAAAUCUACUUAGAAAGCAGCCAACUGCCUUUAGUGUAUUUCCAAAUAAAAUAAGUGUAAAAGUUUAAACAAUGUAUUGGGGAAGAAUUAAUGAAUGAAUUGAAGUCAUAAUCAUGGAAGGCUUUCUGGAGAAUAUGAGAUCCCAUUUUAUCCUAUGGCCAUCGAACUACCCUUAGUCAAAACUGACAUUGCACUCAACUUAGGCUGAAAAUUGGGGGAGACAAAAUUUUACAUAGGUGUUUGUCCUGUCUAGUACAGGAGUCAAGCUUGUAAAAAAAUACCUUAUUACAAUAAAAUGGCACGUGAAUCUAGAAGAUGAAUAACACCUAGGCAAAUUUAGAGAGUCUUUUGAGAAGUGAUUAAUUGUCAUUUUGAGAAAGCUAUGUUUUUAGGAGGCAGAGAAGGGUAGGAAAGACAUUGCAACUUAGAGAAAAUAACAUGGGUAAAGUAUAAGAGCCCCAAAAGGACAUGCUGUAUUUGGGAUAUAGUGGAAUUUUUCUUAUGUAGGAGAGGUUAGCAGAAGGAAAUGAGGAUGGACAGGUAAGACCUUGAAGCCAUGCUAGGUGGAAUUCCCCUUAGAAUCAACUAGCUAAGUAUGCAGUUCUCUAGACUCUCACUGCCUUGCUGUAAAUAUGCUGUGCAUGUACAUUUACAAUCUCACUUUUGGCAAAUCAGGUACCUCUCUGAGCCACAACUUCCUAAUUGCAAAUAAGAUCAUUUUAAUAGUACUUAUAUCUUAGAGUAACUAUGAGUAUGUACAACACUAUAUAACCAAAACAUAUAAUAAAGAGUGUAAGUUAUUAUUAUUUAGAUUGUAGGCAAAAGGGGUCCAAAAGACAUCUAUAAUGAGGAGACAUAGGUUUGACAUAAAUAAGCUGGCAGUGGGUGAAGGAUAGAACUGGGAGAAGGAGAUGCCAUAUUCACCCUAUGGGGCAGACAUAGGGCAAUAGCAGAGGGACUAAGAGAAGGUUAAGAUGUUGGAAAACAGAUAUCUGGAAUUUUGGUAGUAACUUAUUGGGGUAAAAGAUGUGAUAGGAAUAAGAAAUGCAGUCUAAUAGUAACUCUCUGAUGUCUGGAAAGAACUCAAAUAGGAAACACAGGAAGAAAACCCAAUAUGUGGGGGAAUAUGGCUGAUUCUGCUCUAAAAAUCUGUAUUCAGUACUUGGAGGACAUUCUGGAUUUGGAGAUGUCCCAGAAGAAAUUGGAGAUCCUUUUUUGAUAGAGGCUGAAAUUUGAGUCACGCAAAGUAAGCGGUUCUAAAACAACAGAAAUAGGAAAGACUUUCCUUUAGAGGUAAAUCCUCUGGGAAACCUUCAGAGGAAAGAGUCUGUGGGGAGUAGACUAAAAAAUAAGCGACAUGAGUCUUGGUUGAAAAAUGUUGGGUGUAUUUGUUUUCCACCUCAGGGUUUAUGUGUUAUCUGUGCCUUGUGCCUGCAGCAUUCUCCCCCUGAUCAUCAUCUAUUGUUUACAUAUAGUCAUUCUAUUCUCCAUUUAAGUGUGUCACCUCCUCAGAGAGGGCCUUCAAAUUCCACAAAGGACAGUAGUGAAGCUCUCUCGCAUCACAGAGAUCCUACAUGUCUGGUUCCAUGUCAUCCUUCCUAUGCAUACAAUUGCCGGAUACAUCAUUGGCAUCUAGUCAAUAUACAUGGAGUUAAUUCACGGCCUUUAUAGUCAUAUAACAACUCCAUACCUUGCUUUCACAUUUUGUAAAAUAAAGACAAAAAUUCUUCGCAUAGCCUUAUAAGAAUUACAUGAACAGUCUGUCUAAUCCUAGCAUAUUGUUUAACACAUUAUUGGUAUUGAGUGGGUGCCGGAUACCUGCCCUAACUCUUCUUGUAUUCUUUGCCUACAAAUGCAAUGCACAUGGAAGACAGUAACUUCUCAACUUACAAAAUAAUUGUUUUGUCUUUUGUCUUUUUUUGUCUUUAGUCUUGAUGAAUCUUUCAAAGUAAUUUUACCCAGCAUUCCUUUUUUCUCUCCCAGCCCUUCAUUCUCAUACCUGCUUCCUUAUUUCUUUCCCUUCACCUUUAACCAUGACUGAAAUUAAAAUAAAAAUUCUAUGAAGAGUCUCAUAUCACUUUUUUGCCCUCAUCUCCUAAUCAGAUUGCAUGUUGAACAAUCAAAAUAGAAAUGUUACUGGCAAAAUUGAUCUGAAGAAUAUUCUUCUUAGGCUUGUUGCAAAGCAAACCACUUAAGUAUACUAGCUGACAAAUAUUCUGGAAGUUCUGCUAAAAACACAAAAAUUGAUCAGAACAUUAUGGUCAGAAUAUGCCAUUCUGGAAUGAGCCAGUAUCUUCAAAAUUAUAUUAAAUCUAAGUUAAUCCAUUAUAUGAUACUAGACACUUCAAAAAUAACUUCAAUGUGAUGUUCUUUUUUUAAAAUAUAUAUACUUAUUGCGUUUUAGGUUUUGGGGUACAUAUGAAGAACAUGCAAGAUUGUUGCAUAGGUACAUACAUGGCAAUGUGGUUUGCUGCCUUCCUCCCCAUCACCUUUAUCUGGCAUUUCUCCCCAUGUUAUCCCUCCCCAACUCCCCACCCCCUCACUGUCCCUCCCUUAGUUUCUCCCCCCCACAGACUCCAGUGUGUGAUACUCCCCUCCCUGUGUCCAUGUGUUCUCAUUGUUCAACACCCACCUAGGAGUGAGAACAUGCAGUGUUCGAUUUUCUGUUCUUGUGUCAGUUUGCUGAGAAUGAUGGUUUCCAGGUUCAUCCAUGCCCCUACGAAGGACAUGAACUCAUCGAUUUUUAUGGCUGCAUAGUAUUCCAUGGUGUAUAUGUGCCACAUUUUCCUUGUCCAGUCUAUCAUCGAUGGGCAUUUGGGCUGGUUCCAGGUCUUUGCUACUGUAAACAGUGCUGCAAUGAACGUUAGUGUGCAUGUGUCCUUAUAACAGAAUGAUUUAUAAUCCUUUGGAUAUAUACCCAGUAAUGGGAUUGCUGGGGCAAACGGAAUUUCUAUUUCCAGGUCCUUGAGUAAUCGCCUCACUGUCUUCCACAAUAGUUGAACUAAUUUACACUCCCACCAACAGUGUAAAAGUGUUCCUAUUUCUGCACAUCCUCUCCAACAUCUGAUGUCUCCAGAUUUUUUAAUGAUUGCCGUUCUAACUGGCAAGAGAUGAUAUCUGAAUGUGAUUUUGAUGUGCAUUUCUCUAAUGACCAGUGAUGAUGAGCAUUUUUUCAUAUGUUCGUUGGCCUCAUAUAUAUCUUCUUUUGUAAAGUGUCUGUUCAUAUCCUUUCCCCACUUUUGAAUGGGCUUGUUUGUUUUUUUCUUGUAAAUCUGUUUUAGUUCUUUGUAGAAUCUGGAUAUUAGCCCUUUGUCAGAUGGGUAGAUUGCAACAAUGUUUUCCCAUUCUGUUGGUUGCCAGUUUACUCAAAUGAUUGUUUCUUUUGCUGUGCAGAAGCUCUGGAGUUUAAUUAGGUCCCAUUUGUCUGUUUUGGAUUUUGUUACCAAUGCUUUUGGUGUUUUGGUCGUGAAGUCCUUGCCUACACCUAUGUCCUGAAUGGUUUUUCCUAGGUUUUCUUCUAGGGUUUUUAUGGUGUUAGGUCUUACAUUUAAAUCUUUAAUCUAUCUGGAGUUAAUUUUAGUGUAAGGUGUCAGGAAGGGGUCCAGUUUCUGCUUUCUGUACAUGGCUAGCCAGUUUUCCCAACACCAUUUAUUAAACAGGGAAUCCUUUCCCCAUUGCUUGUUUUAGUCUGGUUUGUCAAAGAUCAGAUGGUUGUAGAUGUGUGGCAUUGCCUCUUAAGUCUCUGUUCUGUCCCAUUGGUCUAUAUCUCUGUUUUGGUAACAGUACCAUGUUGUUUUGAUUACUGUAGCCUUGUAGUAUAGUUUGAAGUCUGGUAGUGUGAUGCCUCCCGCUGUGUUCUUUUUACUUAGAAUUGACUUGGCUAUGUGGGCUCUCUUUUGAUUCCAUAUGAAGUUUAAGUUGGAUUUUUCCAGUUCUGUGAAGAAGGUCAUUGGUAGCUUGAUGGGGAUAGCAUCAAAUCUAUAAAUUACUUUGGGCAGUAUGGCCAUUUUUACAAUAUUGAUUCUUCCUAACCAUGAGCAUGGAAUGCUUCUCCAUCUGUUUGUGUACUCUCUUAUUUCAUUGAGCAGUGGUUUGUAGUUCUCCUUGAAGAGGUUCUUUACAUUCUUUGUUAGUUAUAUUCCUAAGUAUUUUAUUCUCUCUGUAGCAGUUGUGAAUGGCAGUUCAUUCUUGAUUUAUGAUGUUCUUAAGAACUUAAAAAUUAAUGAUAUAUCUUAAGAGCUACUGUAAUAAGAACAAUUGAUAUUGUAUGUCUCAAGCGUUAUUAUUACCACAUAUAUGAACCCAGAGGAUACAACAUGUUAAAUUGAUUUGUCUUCGUCAUUGACUCAAAUGUCACCCUCGGAACCACUAAACAGUGGAGAGCACUGAUGAAAAGAGAAUUGCAUUGAAAGAAAUGUGAAUGUUCUUUUGGAAAUUUUCACUGAUUUCUCAGAAUUUUCUAAGUGUUAUGUUAAUUUUAAAUAAUGGAAUUAUUUUAUUCAUUCAAUUAACAGUUUAUUUUAAGCACUCCUGAGUGCUAGGGUACCACUAAAUCACAAAAAGCAUUUGAUAAAUGUAACGUCUCAAAAUCCAGUAGGUAAGAUAAAAGAAAAAACUUUCAUUCAUAUUUUACAUCUUCCUUGUAGAUCCAGAAUGGAGAAGAGGGAGAUAAACUGUGCUUUUGUGGGUAGAAUCCAGGUAUAAAUAUUUGGGCCCAUUCGAUGUCAUCUAUACAUGCUCUCAUACUAGAAUCAUUCUUCUCAUCACUAGGCUCCUGACCUUGACCUCUUUCCAGACACAUUUAACUCCCUGUCCCCAGGUAUUCUAAGAGUUGCCUCACACCUGCCCAGGUUCCCUGAAUAAAAUACAGUUAAAUUAGUGCAUAAGGAGCUUUAUACAGUGUUCUCAGACUCCUGACCAAGAACACCUCUGCACCAUUGAUAGACAGUGGCUGUGCCCACCAGGAGGAUAGGCAAUCGCACUGCAGUGAGCAUAUUCCUUCUGUGGGGAUUUUCCAGUUUUUCAGACCUGCAGAGUCUACUUUUUGUAGUGAUUCUCUUCUUCCACGUGACUAUCAUAGCAGCAAAUGUGUCCGUAAUGGGGGCCAUCAAACUCAGCCACAACCUCCACACUCCCAUGUACUUUUUCCUCUGUGACCUGUCCUUUUCAGAAACCUGUACCACUAUGGUAGUCAUCCCUCGCAUGUUGGUGGACUUGCUAUCAGAGAGCAAGACCAUUUCUCUUCCUGAGUGUGCCACACAGAUGUUUUUCUUUUUGGGCUUCGCAUCCAACAACUGUUUCAUCAUGGACGCCAUGUCCUAUGACCGCUACACAGCCAUCCGCAACCCACUGCAGUACCACACCCUUAUGACAAGAAAGAGCUGCUUGCAGAUGAUGAUGGCUUCUUGGAUGGUUGGGUUCCUGUUUUCUCUGUGCAUCAUCAUCACUGUAUUCAACUUGUCUUUUUGCGACCUGCACACUAUCCAGCACUACUUCUGUGAUAUCUCACCUGUGGUCUCCCUUGCUUGUAAUUACACUUCCUAUUAUAAAAUGACUAUUUUUGUGCUCUCUGCCUUUGUGUUGGUGGGCAGCUUUAUUUUAAUUAUGAUUUCCUAUGUCUUCAUUGUAUUCAUAGUCAUAAAGAUGCCCUCUUCCAAGGGGAGGUCUAAGGCCUUCUCAGCUUGCUCCUCCCACCUCACUGUUGUGUCCAUACACUAUGGAUUUGCUUACUUUGUCUAUUUGAGGCCCAAGAACAGCAACUCCUUCCAUGAAGCCAUGCUGAUGGCCAUGGCAUACACAAUACUGACACCUCUACUUAACCCCAUUGUGUACAGUCUGAGAAACAAAGAAAUGCAGAUAGCACUAAGAAAAGCACUAGGCAGUGUAAUUGGGUUUUUCCCUAAGAAGACAAAAAAAGGAGCCCCGAAUAUUUAAAAAAAAUUACCUAUCUGAAUAUGCAGCACUGUUUUUAAAAAAUUACCUAUCAUUGAUAAAUAAAGGUGGGAAAAGUGGAGUACUUCCAAUUAAUAUCACUUUGUGCUCAAGUGGUUAAAGUAUUGUCUAAUUGCCUGAUAUGUCCUGGCCUCACAAUUUUCCUACUACAGAGAGGAUGCCAUUUUAAAAUAUUUUUAAAUGGUGUUUUUGUGCAUCUGUGUGUGUGUGUGUGUGUGUGAAACACAUAUGCUUUCAGGGAAUGUAUUGCUUUGGGACACUGUAUUUUAAUGAUAGCAGUUGCUUUUGGGGAAAAAGGAAAAUAUGAUACUAAAGAGAGAAAGACAGCAAGGAAGAAAGAGAGGAAGGAAGGAAGAAAGGAAGGAAGGAAGGAAGGAAAAAAGGGGGAAAAUAGAGUUGACUAGUAUAAUUAAUCUAAAAAGAGGAAGAAAGUACAAACAUACAAAGUUGAAAUUGAAAUGAGGAUAUGACUAAAAUACAGAGAAAAUUAAAAUCAAUUUAAGAGAAUACUUUGUUCAAAUUUAUUCAAACAAAUUUGAAAAUUAGAAGAAAAACAUGAAUACAUUUAUGGAAAAAAUAAGCUUACAAAAUGACCUAAAGAGCAAUAGACAUUUUUUUGACAUACCAAUUUCCAUGGAAAUUUUUGAAAAAUUUGUCAAAGAGAUGCUUUCCUAUUCUGAUCCAAAAAGCAUUAGAGCAGAUAGUUUAAUAAAUUAACUUGUUUAAAUCUUCAAGGAACAAAUAAUUCAAAUGCUAUUUAAAUUGGUUUAGAGCACAAAAAUAAACAGCUUCUAAUUUAUGAUCCUUACAGUCGUGGAGAGUGCUAUUGCUGCUGACAGAUCAUGGCCCUGGUAGGGAAGUUCUGAAGUGGGUUAUGGAAAAUUAGAUGAUGUAAGCUGGUGCAGGAAUUUUGAGGCUACCUUGUUCAUAUAGUAGGAAGUGUGAAGUAAUAUAUUAUUCUGGGUUUGAAUUAUAUUUUCCUAAUUACACAUGACAGCAAAGAUCUUUUAUGUACUUAUUCAUCAUUUGUAUGUCUAUUUUAAAGAAAUAUAUUCAAAUUCUCUACUCAUUUUUAAUUUGGGUAUUUGUACUGAAUUUAGAUUGUUAAAAUUAUUCUAGAUACACAUCCUUGAUCAGAUAUGCUAUGUGCAAGUAUUCCCUUCCAUUCUGUAGGUUGUUUCUUCUCUUUCUUUAUACUUUCCUUUGAAGCACAAAAGUUUUUAACUCAAAUGAGGUGAAAUUUAUCUAUCUUUUUUUUUCUUUUUUGCUCAUGGUUUUGAUGUUAUAACUGAGAAUCUAUUGCUUACUCCAAGAUCAUGAAGAUUUUCCCCAAUGCUUUCUUCUAAGAGUUUUAUAGUAUUAAAUCUUACAUUUAGGUCCUU